UCUCUAUUUCAAUCACCCUCCACGCUUAAUUAGUUGUUAUUGUUACCUGGAAUAACCUCUCCUCUCCUCUUCUCCCCUUCUCUCUUUUCCUCUCAGCCAAUCUUCCAAACUUGGUCAUGUUAUUCGUUCUGCCGCCAAACACGGAGCUUUAAACAACAUCCAUCACACAGGAGUGGGCUCUGGACUUUACUCUGUUUCUAUUUUAACUGGACUCGCUCAGACAGCAGCCAUGGCUCGCUGCAGGAGCUACUUGCGAGGACUUGCUAUCUGUGUUACUGUGUUGCUACUGGUGUCUGGGUUUGUGAUGAUUGGUGCUGCUUUUUCCCCCAUUGAUGAUAUACCUGUUGCAGAGUUGUUUGACCAGCUGUCCAUUAGUAAUGGCUUACUGGUCCUGCAGGUGUUUGGUCCACUCACAAUGGUUUUGUCUGUUCUGGGCAUAUCUGCUGCCUCUUUGGACUACAAAUCUUUGCUGUUGGUGUUUUCUGCUCUGACAUUUGUGGAGUUUGUGGCACUAAUGAUCGUUGCCUCACCCCUGGUUCAGGUUCAAGCUCAGAUGGACUUUGCCGUGGAUGAAUUGUUUCUCAAUGUGACACCCCUACACAAAGCAGCAGCUGACAUCCAGAAAGAAUUAAAUAAGCUUCAGACAUCGGACUCCUGUUGUGGUUUGAGGAAAUUUGAAGACUGGGAUAAUCAGCUUCCUUUUUCCUGUAUCUGCACACCUCCUACAACCACCUAUACCAGUGAGUCAAGAUCUCAGCCUGGUAAUUCCAGCUCAUAUGAGCCUUGUGUGAUGGUGGGAAGUAACCAGCAGUUUGUGCACUCCAAGCCCUGUGGUCCCAUCCUAAAGAGCUACCUGAGUUUCCCAGUCAAGCUCAGAAUAGGAAUCAUUUCAGCUUUCGCCACCAUUGCAGAUUAG